GCCGGGAGCAGACUGGUCCGGACCGUUGGGAAGAGAGCAGCAUCGUGUUUGGGAAAAGGCGCAAUGGCACCACAAGAAGUCGCACCCGCCGGCAGGAGAAGCAAAGCAGCAGCAGCAGCGGCCGCCGCCCCCGGGGCCAAGAAGUCCGUCAGCAGCAAGAAGAAGAAGAAGAACCAGCCGGGCAGAUACAGCCAGCUGGUGGUGGACACCAUCAGGAAGCUGGGCGAGAGGAACGGCUCCUCCCUGGCCAAGAUCUACGGCGAGGCCAAGAAGGUGUCCUGGUUUGACCAGCAGAAUGGUCGCACCUACCUGAAGUACUCCAUCAAGGCGCUGGUGCAGAACGACACCCUCCUGCAGGUCAAGGGGGUGGGGGCCAAUGGCUCCUUCCGCCUCAACAAGAAGAAGCUGGAGGGGCUGGCAGUGCCCCCCAAGAAAACGGCCCCUGCCCCCAAACCUGCGGCCAAGAAGCCCGCAGCCCCGAAGAAGAGCCCCAAGAAAGCCAAGCCCGCGCCCAAGAAAGCCAAGCCCGCGCCCAAGAAGAGCCCCAAGAAAGCCAAGCCCGCGCCCAAGAAGAGCCCCAAGAAGGCGGCCAAGCCCAAGGCGCUGAGGGCCAAGAAGGCAUAGCCGCUGCCAGGACUGUGUACAUAGCCCCCCCUCCCCCCUCCAAGAAGGCAUAGCCGCUGCCAGGACUGUGUACAUAGCCCCGCCCCCUCCUGUUUAUCUUCUCGGACUGAACUUGUUACUUUUGUUGCUACUUUUGUUACAUGAAGCUUCGAUCCCUGCAGAGAACGCUUCUCCCGGGCAGGAAGGGUUAAACGUUGCAGCCUGGAUCAGAUCUCAUUCCUUAGGCUUUCUUUCUUUCCUUCCUGCAUGCCAUUUAUUUUUGGUUUUCUACGAUUUGUAGAAUUUUGGCUUUUUGUUAUUUUUGUAAUAUAUAUAAAAAUGGAGAUUUAAAAAAAAAAUAAUUAAUAAAACUAAAAUAAUGGUUAA